CCGGAAGCACGUGGACGGGGCUUCCGGUCCUUCCUAAAGUGCCCUCUCCUAAAGGCUGAGUUGGUUCCAAGGAAAAUAAUUCUCCCCCCUUUUCUUUGGCCCCCUCAAGGGGGGAGGGGGAGAGUUUCUGCCAUGAUGGCAGAGUCCCCAGAGAUGGAGCUGCAGCGAGAGGUGUUGGAGGAGCUAGGGAUCUCCUUGGAGGAUCUCAAGCAGCUGAUUGACGAGGAGCUGGAGAAGUCGGAGCGCAUAGCGCAGCGGAAGAAGCAACUGGAGGAAUUGUCGGAGUGCUUGAAGCAGAAGGAGGAUGAAGUGGCCCGUGUGGACGUUCUCCUUGACAAUGCUGUGAAGGCUGUGGAUGAAUGUGAAGUUCUAGUCAAGGACAUAUAUGCCAACCUGGGCCUGGAGUACCUGGAGACUGACUCGGAGGAAGAGGAUGCUGCAUCCAAGCCCAUGGAAGUGAUCGAGAUACCUGAUGAGGACGACGACGACGUCAUGAGCAUCGAUUCAGCAGAUGCAAGUAACAAAAUGGCGAAGGAUCAGAAGUUGCUUCGGGAAGCCAUGGCUGCCAUGAGGAAGUCUGCGCAGGAUGUUCAGAAAUUCAUGGACGCUGUGAACAAAAAGGACGGCCUGGAUUCCUACAGGGGAUCCCAGCAGGUGAGUCCUGACUGCGAGCUCACCCACGACGGAGACCUGUCGGUCGGAGACCGCGUCCUGGGGAAGAAGCGGACAAAGACCUGGCACAAGGGCACCCUGAUCGCCAUCCAGACUGUGGGCCCUGGGAAGAAGUACAAGGUGAAGUUUGACAACAAAGGGAAGAGCCUCCUCUCGGGGAACCACAUUGCCUACGACUACCAUCCUUCGGCCGACAAGCUCCAUGUCGGGAGCCGGGUGGUGGCUAAGUACAAGGACGGCAACCAGAUGUGGCUCUACGCCGGGAUCGUGGCCGAGACGCCCAACGUCAAGAACAAGAUGAGGUUCCUCAUCUUCUUCGAUGAUGGUUACGCCUCCUACGUCGUCCAGCCAGAGCUCUACCUGAUCUGCCGGCCUCUCAAGAAGUCGUGGGAGGACAUAGAAGACAUCUCGUGCCGGGAUUUCAUUGAGGAGUACAUCACGGCGUACCCGAACCGGCCGAUGGUCUUGCUCAAGAGCGGCCAGCUGAUCAAAACCGAGUGGGAGGGGACCUGGUGGAAGUCCCGCGUGGAGGAGGUGGACGGGAGCCUGGUGAAAAUCCUCUUCCUGGUAGGAUCCGCUAAGGACGACAAGCGCUGUGAAUGGAUCUACCGGGGAUCCACCCGCCUGGAGCCGAUGUUCAGCAUGAAGACCUCCAACGCUUCCACCCUGGAGAAAAAGCUAGGAGGGCAAAUGAGGACCCGCCCGAACGUCGGGGCUGUCCGGAGCAAAGGGCCGGUCGUCCAGUACACACACGACUUAACGGGGACCAGCUCACAGUUCAAGCCCGUGGAACCUCCUCCGCCAAUGCCUGUCGUGAUUUCCCAGCCGGUUUCGCCCCAGUUCAUUGACGUGGAAAGCCUCGAGAGCCAGCUUGCUCAGGCCAAGAAGCAGCAGGUGGCGAAGAAGAGCACUUCAUUCUUGCGUCCCGGUUCGGUGGGGUCAGGGCCACCCUCCCCGACCUCCCCCAUCCUGAGCGAAACGCCUCCCGUGGGCAAGGCGGGUGUGGCCCAGCAGUUCCGGUUCUCGGGUGCCCAGCCCUCCACCAGCCCCACCCCGCAGUUCUACGGCAUGAUGGACCGGGUGCCCAGCGACCCCACCUACCGGGCGCCUGUGGAGAAGCUCUUCUACCUGCCCCACGUCUGCAACUACACCUGCCUCUCCCGGAUGCGGCCCUUCCAGACCGACCAGCACCGCAGCCGGAACCCCCUCCUCGUCCCGCUGCUGUACGACUUCCGCCGCAUGACGGCCCGCCGGCGGAUCAACCGCAAGACGGGCUUCCACGUCAUCUACAAGACGCCGUGCGGCCUGUGCCUGCGCAGCAUGGCGGAGGUGGAGCGCUACCUUUUCGAGACGAACUGCGACUUCCUCUUCCUGGAGAUGUUCUGCCUGGACCCCUACGUCCUGGUGGACCGCAAGUUCCAGCCCUACAAGCCCUUCUACUACAUCGCCGACAUCACCAACGGCAAGGAGGACGUCCCCCUCUCCUGCGUCAACGAGAUCGACAACACCGCCCCGCCCCAGGUGGCCUACAGCAAGGAGCGCAUCCCCGGGAAGGGCGUCUACAUCAACACCAGCGCCGAUUUCCUGGUGGGCUGCGACUGCGAGGACGGGUGCCGGGAUAAGUCCAAAUGCGCUUGCCACCAGCUCACGAUCCAAGCGACUGCCUGCACCCCGGGGGGCCAGACCAACCCGAACGCCGGCUUCCAGUACAAGAGACUGGAAGAGUGCCUCCCCACAGGCGUCUACGAGUGCAACAAGCGCUGCAGGUGCAAUUGGAACAUGUGCACGAACCGCCUGGUGCAACACGGCCUGCAAGUCCGGCUGCAGCUCUUCAAGACGCAGAACAAGGGCUGGGGCAUCCGCUGCCUGGACGACAUCGCCAGGGGCUCCUUCGUCUGCAUCUACGCAGGGAAAAUCCUGACGGAUGACUUUGCCGACAAGGAGGGCCUGGAGAUGGGCGACGAGUACUUUGCCAACCUGGACCACAUUGAGAGCGUGGAGAACUCCAAGGAGGGCUACGAGAGCGAGGCCAAGUGCUCCUCAGACAGCAGCGGCGUGAACCUGAAGGACGACGAGGACGAGAACUCGGGCUCGGAGGAGCAGGAAGAGUCCAACGAGGAGAGCUCGGACGACAACUUCUGCAAAGACGAGGACUUCAGCACCAGCUCGGUCUGGCGCAGCUACGCCACCCGGCGGCAGACGCGGGGCCAGCGGGAGAACGGCCUCUCCGAGACGGCUUCCAAGGACUCGGGCCUGGCCCGGCAGGCCAGCCACGAAGAGGCCGCCCACUGCAAGCCCCCCAUCUCGGAGGAGACCUCCAAACACAAGGUGGCCUCGUGGCUCAGCUCCAACACCAUGCCCGACGGCUUCCAGGACAACGACAGCCGCUCCUCGUUUCGCGCGCACGAGGCGAAGGCCGCAAAGGCCGAGCCCCCGGACGGCGAGAAGGUGGCGCAGGGAGGCCGGGAGGAUUUGGGGCCGGAGGUGAAGAAGAAAGAGGAACCCGAAGACCACAGCAAACCUCCCUUGGUGCCCAGCACGGGCAGGUUGUACGGUUACAAUCCAAACCCACCGUUACCCGAAGGAGUCCGGAGGCCAGUCAGCAAGACGGCCUUGCUUCAGAGCCGGAGGCACACAGAGUCCCAUCAGGAUGUGCUGAUGCUCUCCAGCAGCACGGAGAGCGAGGGCGACAACGGGCGCGGCACCUCGAGGCAAGCGCAGGGCAACGACAGCGACGACAUCCAGACCAUCUCCUCCGGGUCGGAAGAGGAGCCGGGGCCGGACGGCAAGAAGAGCUCUUCGAGACUGGGACCAGUGAAAAGGCAGGUGGCCGUCAAGUCCACCCGCGGCUUCGCCCUGAAGUCAACCCACGGCAUUGCCAUCAAGUCGACCAACCUUGCAUCCGGGGAGAACAUGCCCAUCCGGAGGAACACGCGGCAGUUCUAUGACGGAGAGGAGUCCUGUUACAUCAUCGACGCCAAACUCGAAGGCAACUUGGGCCGCUUCCUCAAUCAUAGCUGCAGUCCCAACCUCUUCGUCCAGAACGUCUUUGUGGACACCCACGAUCUCCGUUUCCCAUGGGUGGCCUUCUUCGCCAGCAAGAGGAUCAGAGCCGGCACCGAACUUACCUGGGACUAUAACUACGAAGUUGGCAGCGUGGAGGGCAAGGAACUUCUGUGCUGUUGUGGUGCGAUAGAAUGCCGUGGACGUUUGUUGUAAGAUUUCUUUCUCCCGCUGCUCACCCUUUUUUUAGGCAGGGGG